AUGGCGGAUGUUGACCGGCUAAACAUUGAUGGUGUUAUUACAAAACUUCUUGAAGUUCGUGGUCUGAGGCCUGGAAAAUCUGUUCAGCUCUCUGAAUCAGAAGUUCGGGCUCUUGCUUUUAAGGCACGGGAGAUAUUCUUGCAGCAGGGCGCGCUGCUGGAACUUGAAGCGCCAGUUAAAAUUUGUGGAGAUGUUCAUGGACAAUACUAUGAUCUCCUUCGUCUUUUUGAAUACGGUGGUUUCCCGCCUGCAGCUAACUAUCUCUUUCUUGGUGACUAUGUCGAUCGUGGAAAGCAGUCUCUUGAAACAAUUUGUCUGCUUUUGGCUUACAAGAUCAAAUUUCCCGAAAACUUCUUUCUACUGAGAGGCAACCACGAGUGUGCAUCUAUAAAUCGUAUUUACGGUUUCUAUGAUGAAUGCAAGCGACGAUACAAUAUAAAGUUAUGGAAGAUCUUUACUGACUGCUUCAACUGUCUUCCUCUAGCUGCCAUUAUAGAUGAAAAAAUUUUUUGCUGUCAUGGGGGUACGAAAAUAUAUGUAUUUAAUACUUUGUAUAAAGGAUUAUCUCCUGAUUUACACAGUAUGGACCAGAUUCGUAAAAUCGCCAGACCAACUGAUGUACCAGAUCAAGGGUUACUUUGUGAUCUACUCUGGUCUGAUCCUGAUAAAGAUGUAAACUCGUGGGGCGAAAACGAUCGGGGUGUUAGCUACACAUUUGGCGCAGACAUUGUUUCAAGGUUCCUUGCUAAACAUGACUUUGACUUGAUUUGUCGUGCGCACCAAGUUGUGGAGGAUGGUUAUGAAUUCUUUGCUAAGCGGCAACUUGUGACUCUAUUUUCAGCGCCAAAUUAUUGUGGCGAAUUCGAUAACGCGGGGGCGCUGAUGUCUGUAGACGAGUCCCUCGUCUGCUCAUUCCAAGUAUGUAUUGAUUUCUACUGUAUUCAUUCCUUGUCGUCCCUUCCCAUCAAAGCCUAUUUGGGUUUCAAAUUUACCGACAUAAUGUGUAGAACUUUUGACCUAGCUUCAUUGUCACUGUUUUGA